AUGAAGAGCUACGACAAGCUCUCGCAGAUAUCCAUGAAGGUCACUUGGAUAGAUGAAGAUGGUGAGGAGCAAAACUGGAGCUCAUGGGAUGAUGCUUUGUGCGGCCGCUGUGGCGCCACAAAGGUGCUGCCAGCACAGAGCAGAGAUAUUCAGGUGCGAUUCCGUGUGCAGCCUGGGGGCCGUAAGGUCCAGCAAGUGGAUCGGAAAAAUCGCUGUGCUUGGACCAGAGCUGGCGAAGAGGCGGCGGACACCGCUGCGCCUUGGCCAGGCAAUCAGGCUCGGCACAAAGGAUACCAGGUCACUGCUUCACCCAAGGGUGAAGACUACACCGUGCGAGUCACCGGCGCAAUGUCCAGGUUGGUGGCUGCAGCAGAGGUUCUCCUGGCAGUACGACGACGCACCUCAAGGCGGUGCAACGACAGCGUGGUGCCAGCCGUGGGGGGGGCCGCCGCCACCACUGCCUUGGCUGCCUAUGCACAGACGGCGAAUUUGGUUUUGUUGCGGUCAGCAAAGUAUAUUGCUCUGAGCCAGGCUGGGGCCGAAAGCCUGGCCUUGGCAGGGCGUUUGCUCGGUGGCCUGGGUGCCGGCCUGGCUGUGGGUGUAGCUGCGCAUGGCUGGUCAACAACAAAACCCAUGCAGAAGUUGGUCAAGGAGAAGCUCAUCGAGAUCGAGAGAUCCAUGGAAUACUUGGAAGGCCUGAGGCAACAAAUGUCUGGUGCUUUGCGCUGCCCACUUUGCGAUGAACCCUUGGGCUUUGGGGCUAGGGAGCUGCGCCGCUGCUCCCGCUUUCAUUGUUUCCAUGCACAUUGUGUCCAGGAGGGCUGCCCAGAAUGCGAGGAACCCGUUGCAAGAGUCAAAUCCACUGACCAGCUGGGUGCGCUGCUAUGGCUUGCUGGGAUACGCGAUUUUUGUGCAUUGACAUUGGACUCAUUGGCGCCGCAACUCAAUCAUGCACGAGACUUGGUGCAGCGGCUCACAACGUCAGAGGAUGUUGGGCUCAUCAUGCAACGACGAGUGGACGAUGAGGAUGCGGAGAAUGACAGCCCCAAAAGCAGUGGUAGCCCUAAGAGGAGCGAUGAGGCCCCAGAGGAAGUGGCCGAAGCUCAUGAAGCAUGGCAACUUGCCAUGGAGGAGACCCACCUCUUGGAUGGCACCUGCCUGGCCAAGGUGGCAGUCGAGAAACUCCUCUUAGGGUAUGGCGGAAUGCCACUGAAAUAUCGCCAUCGUCUUUGGCCUCACCUCCUGGGGUCCAUUUCUGGAAGAGCCUUAGAGGAGUUGCUGCUCGUGCCGUUGCCACCCAAGGUGAGCGAGCAGAUCAAUGCAGAUGUACCGCGCACAAGGCACAGCUUGGUGGCCGGCCGCCAUGCUGCACUUCGGCGUGUGCUGCACGCUGUGGGUGCUGCGAGGCCAGAGGUGGGCUACGCACAGGGGAUGAACCAACUGGCUGCGGUGUUUUUGAAGCUUGGCUUCGAGGAGGAGAAGGCUGUUCAUAUGAUGGAUGCCAUCAUGAAGGAUUUGCUACCGGGAUGUCAUCACCCAGACUUGCAUGGCCUCUUCAGAGACACCGGGGUAGCAGAUCCUCAGACCGAGCUUUCUACCUCGCCAUGCUAUGGCUUUCGAGACCGCCGGGAUUCAGGUGAUAUGGUUCACUGUGGACUACUUCUUAACCCUUGGCUCCAACGCAACAUCGUUGCCAUUUAUUGCUGGGCUGUGGGAUCUUUGCUUUCUUUGGGGUCCACGUGCAUUGUUCAGCGGGUUCUUGGCAAUGUUGGACCUUUACUUCGAGAUUCCCAGCGCCUUGGAUGA